AUGGCUGAAAGAGCAGCAAAUAAGCCUACUGAGGCCGAUAAAGCCCUGGUCUUGGCAGCUUCUAAUGGCUAUUUAGAUGUAGUUCAGUUUCACGUUAGUCAAGGAGCACAGAUUGACACGUGUAUUAAUGAUGGUGAAACACCACUUCAGUUUGCAUCACACAAUGGUCACAUCAAAGUAGUUCAGUAUCUCGUUGGUCAAGGAGCACAGUUUGAUAAGCCUAGUAACUCUGGUAACACCGCUCUUCUUCUUGCAUCACUCUCCGGUCAUCUUGAUGUAGUUCAGUACCUCGUUGGGAAAGGAGCACAGAUAGAAUGGGGCAAUAUGACAGGUCGAAGACCCCUUCAUAAUGCAUCAGCCAAAGGUUUUCUUGAUGUAGUUCAGUACCUCGUUAGUCAAGGAGCAGAGGUGGAGAGUGGUGAUACAUAUGAUACCACACCACUUCAUCUUGCAUCAUUCUCUGGUAAUGUUGAUGUAGUUAAGUAUCUCGUUGGUAAAGGAGCACAGAUUGAUAAGUCUAAUAAUAAGGGUAAUUUGACGGCAAUUCACAUGUCAUCAACGGCAGGCCAUCUUGGGGUAGUUGAGUACCUCAUUGGUCUAGGAGCACAGGUAGAGAUUGAGAAUAAUGUUGCUAUGACAUCACUUCAUAUGGCAUCAAUGGAAGGUUUUCUUGAUAUAGUUAAAUACCUUGUCAGUCAAGGGGCACAGGUAGAGAAAUGUGAUAAAUUUGGUUUCACAGCUCUUUACUGGGCAUCAGUCUAUGGUCAUCGUGAUGUAGUUCAAUACCUCUUUGAUCAAGGAUCACAGGUUAAUAGCGAUGGCCUGGACGGUUCCACACCACUUUAUGCUGCAUCACAAAAUGGUCAUCUUGACGUAGUUGAGUACCUCGUUGGUCAAGGAGCACAGGUUAAAAGAGGUGCUAAUAAUGGUUCGACUCCGCUUCUUGUUGCAUCAAGCAAUGGUCAUCUUGAUGUAGUUCAGUAUCUCACGAGUAAACAAGCAGAGAAGGAAGAAGCAUCACCUGAAGGAAUAACCGAGGCAUCACUUGGAAACACAAAUUGUACAUCUCCGAGACCGUUGGCAUUCAAAGUAGUCGACAUUCCUCUUCAAGCUGCAUCAGCAGCAGUCGGUGAAGUAUCUACUUCUACAGCAAGGAGUCAUCUCGAACGAGAAGAGGAUUUUGAUGAAAUCUUGAAAAACGUGGCGCGUCUCAUCCCAGACAACACGAAAAUAGAUUCUCUCGGCAAGGCCCUUGGUUUUGAUCCAGCCGAUAUUGGGAGGUAUAUAGCCACGAAUAGCCGUUACCAGCAUGUGACGUAUGAUGGUACAUUGAAGAUGCUCCGCGAUUGGCGAGAUACCCAAACAGAUGCAGAAGAACGACCAGCUCUUGCAGAUGCCCUGAAGCUAACAGGGCUUGAAAGACUUAGUGACAUGUUCUUGAGGAAUUCUAAGGUUCCAGAUCUCCAAACCGUUAGAAUCACCGAUGGUCUUGUGUGGUUGAUGGAGGGAGACUAG